AUGACAUCUGUGAUUCAGAUUCCAACUGGAACGACGGUGGUGGUAGCGGUGGGGACUGGAACAACUCAGGGGGGCCAAAAUGAAUAUGGAGAAGGCAAUAUUAAUGCUGCUGUGGUCGGUUUGGACAUCUUGUUCGUGAUUGUACUGAGCCUCGCAGGGUCACUGGUGCUUGUUUCAAUUGCGGAGAAGAAGGACAUGACAAAACGGAAUGUACCAGGCCUCGUGCUUUUAAGGGCACCUAUCGAUUUUGUGAGAAAGAAGGUCAUCCUGCCUCUGAAUGUCCAGAUAGACCGGCGGACGUCUGCAAGAACUGCAAGCAAGAAGGGGAUCAAAAUACACUCAAAGGCAGUUCCACUAGCAAAUUUUGAUGAAAUCGAGAAGAAGAUGCGCGAAGAGAACUUCAAUAUGUAUCUCGUUGGUCUCGUGAGUUUGAUCGAUGCAUUCCAUGGUUGCUCCGACGCCACGGAAAUCCGUGUCCAGGUUGUGCACAGAGAUGCAUCCCGCAUGGGAAUUCCAAUGCACGUCAGGAAAUCCCGAGAUGCAGAUGCAGCUUCUAGAACACGACUCGACAGUUCCCAACAAAAGGUUUCCAGUGGGAUGGCUUCACCAGGAAAGUUGCACAAGCCGGAAUCUCGCUGCACCUCACCCACCAACGGGCUUCUGCUGCGCUUCAAAGUCCAGUUUGAAAAGUUGGUGAUCGUCAGCGGUGUCCACUAA